AUGGGCCGGCGGGCCGGCGGGGGCGGCGGGCAGCGGCGGCCGCUCGCCCCCCUCCUCCGCCUCGCCCUGCUCCUCCUGCCGCUCCUGCACCUCGCGCCGCCCGCGGAUGGGCUCUUUGUGACCGACUACUUCACCCGCACACCACGCAAGCUCAGCCCCUUCCGCUCCUUUGCCAGCAUCGAGCUCUUCCACUUCCACAUUCCUGAGGACACUGUCAUCGCCGUCUGGAACCUCAUCACCUUCAAGGAGCAAGGUGGCACCUUUGGGGACCAUUGCCCAGACCGCAGCAUCACCGUGUAUUUCCGCUCAGGGGCUCCCUCUGUCAUUAACCCACUGCAUACGCACUUUCCCAGGGACACUGCUGUCCCUGGCUCCUUUGCACUGACACUCACCUGGACCCUGCCAAACCGGACGACAGGGGUGUUCAAUGUCACCAGCCCGCUGCCCGGGGAUUGGUUCUUGGCUGCUCACCUGCCCAAAGAUGAGGGCAAGAUCUCCAUCAAGGGGCUCUAUGAGGAGUGCCAGUAUCUCUUCCAGCCACAGCUCAUCGUGCAACGCCUGGUGAGCAUUGCUGUGCUGUACCCCGGGUACGUCACCGAGCAGAGCAUGGCCCCCCACAACCGCUCCUGCCUCUACAAGGUGUUCGUGCCCAGCUACACAUCACGCGUGCUGGUGGAGGUGCUGCGGUGCCGCGGGGCUGAAGGCUGCCCGCUCUGGCUGCGUGUGCGGGCCAAGGCUCCCCCACUGCACAACUCCACAGCGCUGGACUGCCGGGAGCGCACACCCUGCCAGCUGGCCGUGGACCUGCCCUUCUGGCAGCACUGGUACUACGUGCUAGUGGAGAAGCACCCUGGGGUGCCCGGCACCAUCUCCUUCCAGGUCACUGUGCAGCUCACAGACUGCUCCAGACCCAGCCUGGCCCGGCCGCCCUUCCUGCCCCCCAGUGCCUCCAUGAACAUGCCCCACUCCUUCGGCUCUGCGGGCAGCUUGGCACUGGGGGACAGCCCUCCACCCAUGGGCCCCAACAGCACGAAGCACCCGAGUGCCAUCCCCACUGCGUCGCCUGCGAGCGAACGGUGCUGGCCAGUCCGCCCCACGCUGCGCAAUGAGCUGGACACCUUCUCCGUCCACUUCUACAUCUUCUUUGGGCCCAACGUGUCGGUGCCACCUGACCGCCCCGCUGUCUUCGUCAUCAACCUCCUACCGGUGCUGGACAGUGGUGGGGUGCUCAACCUGGAGCUGCGGCUCAAUGUGAGCUCCCUGUGCGGCGAGAACGUGACAGUGUUUGGGUGUCUCAACCAUGAGGUCCCGCUGACGUCCGGUGACAACGCAUCGGUCACCUGCGCGACGGAGUCCCUGGCGGGGUUCCUGCUCUCCGUCAACGCCACGGCCAGCCUCAGCCACCUGCGGAUCCCCUACCCCCAGACAGGCAGCUGGUACCUGAGCCUGCGCUCACUCUGCGCCACGGAGCAUGGGUUCGAGCCCUGCACCAACGUGACGGCUGAGGUGUACCUGCGCGCCUACCUCUCGCCCUGCAUCAACGACUGCGGCAUCUACGGCCAGUGCAAGCUGCUGCGCACCAACAAUUACCUGUACGCUGCCUGCGAGUGCAAAGCAGGCUGGAAUGGCUGGGGUUGCACAGACAACGCCGAGGCCUUCUCCUACGGCUUCCAGCUCCUCUCCACGCUGCUGCUGUGCCUCAGCAACGUCAUGUUCGUGCCUCCAGUAGCCAUCGCCGUUCGCAGCCACUACCUCCUGGAAGCUGCCGUGUACAUCUUCACUAUGUUCUUCUCCACUUUCUACCAUGCCUGUGACCAACCGGGCAUCGUGGUCUUCUGCAUCAUGGAGUACGACGUGCUGCAGUUCUGUGACUUCCUGGGCUCCCUCAUGUCCGUCUGGGUCACCGUCAUUGCCAUGGCCCGGCUCCAGCCCGUGGUCAAGCAGGUGCUGUACCUGCUGGGCGCCAUGCUGCUCUCCAUGGCUCUGCAGAUGGACCGCCACGGGCUCUGGAGCCUCCUCGGGCCGAGCCUCUUCGCCUUAGGGAUCAUGGCCAUUGCCUGGACGGCUCGCACCAUCCGGCGCCGCCACUGCUACCCACCGACUUGGAAGCGCUGGGCUUUCUACCUGUGCCCCGGGGCACUGAUCGCCGCCGCCGCCGUGCUGCUCUACACCUUCGUGGAGACCGAGGAGAACUACUUCUACAUCCACAGCAUCUGGCACCUGCUCAUUGCCGGCAGCGUGGGCUUCCUGCUACCGCCUCGCUCCAAGCCCAGCGGGCGCCUGGGGCCGCUGCCCCGGCGCAAGGGCUGCGGCUACCAGCUCUGUGUCAAUGAACAGGAGGAGCUGGGCCUGGUUGACCCUGCUGUGGUCUCCAUCAACAGCAUUUGCACCAGCUGAUGCCACCAGCACCCUGGACUCCUCUGGCUGGCGAGCAGUGCUGGGCCCCUCCGGU